AAAAGCUUAAACGCAAUAAUCUAUAAGACCAAACUUUCAGUUUAUAUUUUUUUGUAGAAUGUUCUAUCAAAAAGGUCCAGAAAAUAAACAAAGCUGAUGAACUUGAGUGAUAUAGAAAACAAACACGCCACUAAAAUCAGCUGCUCUUUUUUUGGGCCUUAAUGUAUGAAUGAUCUGUUUUGGUAACUGUGCUGAAUAUAUCAAUCUAGAUUCAUUUUGAUUAUAAGCAAAUAUAAUUUUCAAUUGAUAAAAAAUUCACAAAGUCGUAAACAUGAGAUCCCUUGAGGUAAUUUUUGCUGUUUUGUCUUUCGUCAGAGGAGGUUUCUCAGCCGAUUGGACUUAUGCAGACCAAGCAGCCUGGGUGGGUACUCCAGCGGCCACUACGGGCGGCUGGGUGUGUGAUGGGAUGCGUCAAUCACCUAUUGACAUCGUCACUUCAAAUGCCGUGCAUGACACUAAUCUAAAUGGAGGAUUCGUGUUUGCUAGUGACCUGGGGGCCAACAUCGCAUCUGCAGAGCUCGAGAACAAAGGAUACACAAUGCAAAUGACGGAUGCAGCCUACACGACCUCUUCCAUGACCAUAUCCGGGGCAGAUCUUCCUAUGAGUGACUAUGCCUUCUGGCAAUUCCACUUCCACUGGGGCACAACUGACGACCCCGGGUCGGAACACACCGUCAAUGGAAAGAGGUACCCCGCCGAGGUUCACUUCGUAUUCAAAAGUAAAUCUACGGGUCUUACCGAUCCAAACUCCUUGGCUGUUCUGGGAUUCUUCAUCGACAAGUAUGACGACAACAGUUUCGAGCAUGGAGGUCAAUGGAAAAAUGUAAUCGACGCUAUUACAGCUGCUGCAAGCACCGAGGGUACAACCCAGGCUUUCGCUAAUACUCUGUCCAUUUCGGACCUGAUUCCGAUGUACCAGCCAGAUGUGAUCCAGAGAGUGUUCCACUAUGAUGGAUCACUCACCACUCCCCCCUGUCUGGAAGUGGUCAACUGGUAUGUCUUCGAACAACCCAUCUAUCUCAGCACCGACCAGUAUGAUCAGUUUCUGCUAACUACGAAUGCGGCCAACCAACAAGCUGUGAACACUUACAGGGACAUCCAGCCACUCAACGGUCGAACAGUGUACAAAACAGAUAUGACAGGCGGAGUUCCAAUUGGCCGAUUGUCGAUCUCAGCGAUUGCUGUGGUAGUUUUUGCCAUGCUUUUUUGAGCAACCGGCAAAAGUGGGGAGCUUGUCUAUUUUAACGGCCUAAAAAGUUUUAACAUUACGUAACUGCGUGACAUGAACAGUUUCACGCAAGACUCUAAAUAUAUUGGUUAGAUAUUUGAUUUCAACCAAUAAGGUGCGAGCAUUCUUACUGCUUUAAUCAUUUUUUCAUUUUAUCUAAGUUUGCAAGUUUAGACCGUUCAAAUUUGCAAAAGUACUGAAACUUGGACGAAAAUUUAAAUGAUAUGUACAAAACUAGGUGCGAAAAAAUUAUACUUUGUGAUAUAAAAUUUUGUAAAUUUUUGUAUCGAAUUUGUGUAAAUAAGCAGAAACUUUGUAUAUAUUAUCGAAGCUGAAAAUAAGAAGUAUAU